GCGCGCCCUUUCCCCGUGCAGCCGGUUCCCCACUAGCCGCGCGCGGAGAGAGUGAACCUUCCAAGAGGUGGAGAGGUUACCGACCGACCAAAGGUUUUCAACGUAAAACCUCAAGAAAACAAAAACCCGUUUUAACGGCACAGGACAACUCUGCUUGGCGCCUAGGUUAUAUCCGGAGGGGCUUAAAGCACUGCACAGGAUCCCUGCGAAAGGCAAGAAGGAAAGGAAUCCAGCCCAGAGAGCUCGAAGCUAACGCGCUUAGCCUCCGCCGACACCACUCGUGUUGUUUUAGCGGAGAGUUUGUGACAUACCGUCUGCGAAUCCACCCGUAGACAGUGGGUGGAAAUCCGUUAAAAGCUUGGGUUUAACGUGAGAAGUGGUGUGUUUAUUAUCGCAUGUUUGCUUAUCUGUAGUUUGUGCAGGAAAGGCCAGAGGAAACCUUUUACCUUAGCCUGAUUAGCCGGUGUUUGUUGAGGAUAGACGGGGAUUUAAGUUAAAGAAGACGUAAAACGGUGACUUUUUCGUAUUUUUAUUGAGGAGCUUUAGUUUAAGCCCUUGUGCUUGACAAUGUUGAAACAACAUCAGCCCGGUCCCGCUGGACGGAAGACGACGUCUAACGGGACCUCGCCUCCCACGAGUAUGUCUUCCACACCCAGCGGGCCCAACAGCAACAGAACGCCCGUCGGAAGGAGUCGGACUUCAGUGAAGCCAUCAUUCCAGUCCUCUGCGGUGUUUGAGGGAGUCUAUAACAACGCCAGAAUGCUGCACUUCCUCACCGCUGUGGUGGGAUCCACCUGCGACAUACGUGUAAAGAAUGGAAACAUGUACGAAGGCAUCUUCAAAACACUAAGCGCUCGGUGUGAGCUAGCCGUGGACGCCGUCCACAAGCGCCCAGAGGGCGAGGCGGGGCCUCCCGUUGCCCUGCCUCGCCGAGAGGAGAUCACAGACACCAUGAUCUUCCCCCCCGGGGACCUGGUCACGAUGACCUGCCGGGACGUGGACCUCAACUUCGCCACCAGAGACACCUUCACAGACACGGGCAUCAGCACACCACGUGUGAACGGAGAGCACAAGGAGAAGGUGCUGCAGCGCUGGGAUGGAGGAGACAGCAGCAACGGAGAGAGAGAAAACUACGACCUGGAGAAAGACUCGUCCAACGGCUGGGACGCCAACGAGAUGUUCCGCUACAACGAGGCGAAGUACGGCAUCACGUCCACCUACGACUCGAGCCUCUCCAUGUACACGGUGCCUCUGGAGCGGGGCAGCUCCGAGGGCUUCCGUCAGAGGGAGGCGCGCGCGGCCCGACUGGCCAAUGAGAUCGAGGCCAGCCCGCAGUACCGCCAGCGGGUCAACAUGGAGAACGACGACGGGAAGAGUGAGGAGGACAAGUUCAGCGCCGUGCUGCGAGACGCCGGCGAGAGGGAGAGGGGCAGAGACAGCCCCGGAGCCACCCGGGAGGGGAAGUACAUCCCGUUGCCCCAGCGACAGCGCGAGAUCAACCGGGAGCGCGAGCGGGCCGAGAGGGGUCCAGGGGGCGGUCCCGGUGGACCCCCACCCCACAGUCGUCUGGGCGGAGGAUACCGCUCAAACCCCCCCGCCUCCUCCCCGAGGCCCCCCCCCUCAUCUUCCUCCCCCAGACCACCCUCCACCUCCUCGACCACCCCCCAGCCCCCCCCCUCGGACCGCAGCAGCCCCCUGCCAGCCCGGGGCUACGGGGGUCACCACGCCCCCAGCCCCACCACCGUGUCCCCCGCCCAGCCGGCCACCUCCCCCGCACUCCCCCACUCACAGUCCCUCCCCCACUCGCUGGCCGACGGACCCAGGCCCGUCAACGGGGUAUCAUCCAGAACCUCUCCAAAGGCCCAGAGACCUCCACAGUCCAACAGACCAGUCCGCUCCCAGAACACACACUCUCAAACUACAGCUGCUCGAUCUCCUAAAUCAGGCCCCUCCCACGACCCGCCUUUUUUGGACACAUCAUCUGUCCAAAUGCCCGCCCACAAAACCACAGGCCCCGCCCCUCUGUUUCCAGUAGACGUGAAUGAGAUCGUGAAUGCGGCGAGUAAAGAGCGCUCCGCUGAGAGUCCUGGCAGCACAGACGACAAAAUGACUAAAGCUCCCUCCAUGCAGCAGCGCUCUCAGAUCGAGGAGCUCCGCAAGUUUGGCAAAGAGUUCAGGGUAAGACGUCAUCCACCUACACAGCUCCAGCCUACUGGGGGUGUGUCUGGUGCCCAGGCCUCGGCCGGCCCUCUGGCCCCCGGGGACGCGGCCCCGCCUCCGUCGGCCCUCAGCAAGUCCCCGGGAAACCCUGGCCCCGAGGCUAAGGCCACGGCCACCACCCCCGGCCCCUCUGAGGAGCCCAAGGACCUGUCCUCCCCGGCCGUCCUGGCAGACAGGCAGUCUCCGGCCACCCCUCAGCCGGCCAGGACCCCUGGCAGCGAGGACGGAGGGGAGAGGCCGGAGGGCGUCGUCGAGCAAGUGAAGAAGUCAACGCUGAACCCAAAUGCCAAGGAGUUCAACCCUGUCAAAGCCCUCAUGACCAUGGUGAAGCCCGCCACGGCGCCCACCCCUCCCCGGCCCACCCCCCCCAGCCCAGUGGUGCUGCAGCAGCACCCCGGGGCCCAGGGCCCCCUCUUCAACGGCCCCUACCUCUCCUACGUCUCCCAGAUACACUCUGUACAGCCCCCCCAGAUGUUCCAGUACACAAUGUCUACAGUAAACCAGGGAAAAUACCCCCGAGGCAAAGGCUCGCUGGGUCCUGGUCAAAGGGCCGACCACGGAGGCAACGGCCCCCCCAUGCUCCAGGCUGCCGCCUCGGCCGCCGGGGCCCCGCUGGUGGCGUCCCCCUACCCCCAGCAGUACCUCCAGUACAACCCCCAGCAGUACGGGCAGCAGCAGGUCCUACAGGCCAUGGCCCCCUACCCCGGACAGCCGAUGUACUCGAUGCUGCAGGGAGGGGCCAGGAUGAUCACCCAGGGCGGGGCCCCUCACCCCCAGGCUAUGGGGCCCCCUGGAGGAGCCCAGUUCCAGACCCAGGGGGAGAACCCCCAGGUCCAGCAGCAGGGCCUCUACGCCCCCCAGGGCUUCGCCCACCACGCUGGACAGGUCCAUCAGCCCCAGCCCUCCAGCACGCCCACUGGAAACCAGCCCCAGCCCCAACACGCUGCCCCCAGCCCGGGACAGGUGAGACCAACUGCGAACCCCCAGGGCGGCCCCCAGCCUCAGUCAAUGUACCACUCGGGGCCCAUGACAGCCCCCACCCCCCCCAACAUGCCCCCGGGCCACACGUCCCCCCAGGCCUCCUACUCCAUGCAGGGCUACAGCAUCCACGGCCACCAGGGGAUGCCUCACUCCUACAAUCUGGGGCAGAUCACACAGGCCCACGUCCAAGGAGCCAUGGGAGGCCCCCACCCCUCUGGGGGCCACGGCCACCAGAUGGUGAUGUUGCCCUCUCCCCAGCAGGGGCCCGGCUCUGUGCCCCAGCACCCCCAACAAGGAGCACCUCAACACUACUACCUGGGACACCCUCAAGCGAUGCAGGUACAGACACACCCCUCCCCCUUCCACCCCCCUGGAAACUGAAACCCACCCUCCCCCGGAGGAGGAGAGGAGCAAAGACCCCCUGCCUAUCCCCUCUCUACGUCACGGCGGGACCACGAGCAUCAUGAUCACCACGACGAUGAUGAUGAUGAAGAAGACCGAGGGGCAGGGCGCCCCUUUCUCUCUCUCUGCUCCGGUUCCUCCCCCCUCCUCCACCUUAGAGCUUAGCUCCGCCCCGCGGAGUGAGACCCAGACACAGACCCAACGCCCCCCCCACCCUGCGGAGCAAAGACUCAGGACG